AUGCGCAAGAAGUCGCAAGCCUUGAGAGAUAUCAUCACUAGGCUCUUGAACGGCAAGCUUGAUAUCGAGAAUCUCUAUUUCUUGAGAAAAUCAAGUUCGAUUGAGAGGAAGAUGGUGGAUUUAGCAAGUCAGAUCACUCUCAUGCUAGGUCUGUCAAUGAUGAUGAUGAUGGUGAUCAAUGGACAAGUAACGUCCGACCAAAGACUUCCCUCAGGCUCAGGCUCUUCUUCUGGAUAUAGCUAUCCAUCCUCAACCAGCACCGGGACCAGCGGCAGCAGUCCGAGCAGCUACCCCAAAGGCAAUUCCUCUACUUCGCCUACAGUGGUCUCUUCGGCUCCGAGGACCAACUCGUCCGCCGUCCCGCGUCCCUCCCCAGAUAGGCCUCCGACAACCGAUACCAGCAACACUCAGCAGCAGCCCUCUGGUGAAGGCCAACAACCUGGACCUUCCGGAACUAGCUCUUCUUCUUCUUCUUCUUCUUCGACUGGACGUCCCGAAACUGGCUCUCGUCCCGAAACUGGCUCUCAUCCCGAAACUGGCUCUCAUUCCGAAACUGGCUCUCACCCCGAAACCGGCUCUCAUUCCGGAACCGGCUCAUCUUCUUCUUCGACUGAAGCGCAAUCUCACCGUAAGAAGAAGAGGCCAGAGGUCUUGAUGGGACUAGUCUUGGGGGGAUGUCAGUAUUUUUGA